AUGGAACACUCAUACGGCUUCAAAUCCUCCCAAGCAAAUUCCGGCCUCGUCGUUACAAUCCGUUUUUCCGCUUCUGUCCCGGAUAUCUCUCUAGAAGUACCGAAUCCCUCAACAACCACCAUCGCCGGAUUAAAACAAUUGAUUCGAGAAAAGCUACCGGCCGAACUAGCGAAAAGACGACUUCGACUAAUCUAUGCUGGACGAGCGCUUGAAGAUGAAGUGGGGUUAGCCGCGAGCUUGAGGUUGGAGCUCGAGCCUGCAGACGUCAAGGGGAAGCGACCCAUUCGCGGCGCAGAGGAUACGGAAGCAUUGCUGGCCCCAGAAAACAAAUCAAAGAGGAUAUAUAUCCACUGUUCUAUCGGUGAUAUCGUCCUAUCUGAGGAGGAGCUAGAGAAAGAAGCACAGGAGUCGCACCUCCACUCUGCCCUAUCCGACCAUGACCAAACUCGCCCCUCCACAUUCCCCUCCCCCAUCCCAGCUCAAGAACAGAUCCGAGAUCCUACCACCGGACUGGCAACGGCCUCUACGACCACCCCUGCUCCGCGCGGCUUUGACCGCCUGCUAUCCGCCGGCUUCACUGUCGUCGAAGUCUCCGCGCUGCGGUCGCAGUUCCUCGCGCUCCAGUCCCUCACGCAUACGCCGGACACCAUGCCCGCGGGCGAAGAGCUCCGCCGCCUCGAAGAUCGAUGGAUGGAUGAGGGAUCCAACGAGGCGCUGCCCGGUGGCGGCGCGGGCGGUGACAUGGCUGGUGGAAAUGCGUUUGGGAACGUGAGCAGUGAUGCUUCCGGCGUGCUGGAUGAUAUGCUCUGGGGGUCGGUGAUGGGGUUCUUCUGGCCUGUGGGGUGUGGUCUGUGGCUGCUGAGGGAAGAAGGAGUGUGGAGUUGGCGGAAGGGAUUGGCUGUGUUUGUGGGAGUGUUGGUCAAUUUUGGGUUUGGGGCAGUGAGGUGGAUGAAUUGA